AUGGAGGAGCGGAACCCCAGGGAGGGGCACUCUGACAGGGGUAGAGAGGCAUGUGGAGCUGGGGCAGGAUGCUGCCUAAUCCUUUUAGCAUUCAGGGUUAAGGAGGACUUAUCACCUGGAGAGAGCAGGAUGGUUAGGGAAGUGGGGGAUGGGGAGAAAGAAAGGUAAGGUGGGUCGGGGGACGGGGGAGGAACAGUGAGGGAAGGACAGUGAGGUAGGGACAGUGAAGUAGGGACAGUGAGGUAGGGACAGUGAAGUAGGGACAGUGAAGUAGGGACAGUGAGGUAGGGACAGUGAGGUAGGGACAGUGUGGUAGGGACAGUGAGAUAGGGACAGUGUGGUAGGGACAGUGAGAUAGGGACAGUGUGGUAGGGACAGUGAGGUAGGGACAGUGAGGUAGGGACAGUAAGUUAGGGUGAGAAGGUACAAACGAUUGUGGAGAGGCUGAAGGCUUGGUUCUUGUGUUUUUCCUCAUUUGCUUUCUGCUAGCUUUCAGGAGUCCCAUGAACAAAUACAAAACAUUGACCAACUUUUGGAUCCAGAACUGCAUGUACUCCAGACCUAUGCAGUCCUAGAACUGACUCAACUGUAGUUCUAGAACUCUUGACUCCCCUGUAGUUCUAGAACUGACUCACCAGUGGUUCUAGAACUCAGACUUACAGUUCCAAGACCCAGUCUUCUAGUUCUAUCUGUGACUGACCUGUAGCUCCAGGACCUUGAUGCGGUGCCUGUGACUGCGGAGUUCCUCCUGUAACUGGGAGAUGGUCUCCUGGAGGUCCUGCAGCUGCUGCUUCCUCUCCUGGUUCUCCUGCAGCCAGUAGGACACCUCGUCAGUGCAGCGGAACAUGUCUGGGCAGCGUUGGUGUUGGAGCUGGGGCAGCGUGGCUGUGACUCGACACUGACCGUUAGGCAACAUCUCGUUACUGUACUCCCCACACUGCAUCAGACCGCUGCUGAUACGAUGGCUGUCUGGGUGUUCGUGUGCGUCCGGGUGGGAGUCUGGGUGGGAAUCUGGGUGGGAAUCUGGGUGGGAAUCUGGGUGUGAGUCCGGAUGUUGAUCAUGUGUGUCUGUCUGUGUGUCCCUGUGGGAAUCUGUCUGUGUGUCAGGGGGGAAGUCUUUUGGAGGCGUGUCCAUACCUGAGUCUGAUUGGGUGUCUCUGUGUCCAUCUGCGUUGGUGUCUUCAACUCUAUCUUGGUGUGUAUCUGUGUAUGUGUAGUCUCCUGUCACCAUUGCAGCGGUCCAUAGGGCCAGUAAGGCAACAGGUAGCAGGAGAGGUAGUCUCAUCCUGACCUUCCAAACCAGGUCCAGGAAGACCCCUCUCAGACCAGGUCCAGCAUGGCGGCUACACCCAAACUUGGCUCCAAAUUCGACCAACUUAGACCAAGUCUUCUCUCAGGCCAGGUCCCGUUGCACCCAGAGCCAUCCAGGCUAGCUGUGGUUCCAUGCAGUCCAGCUGUGUUUGGCUCUUAUUCCAUCCAGACAGAGAGACCAGCAGGGAGAAGACUUCUAGAGUAGGGGCAGAAAGAAUACAGCCUAUUCACCGGACACCGUCACUCCAGACCAGAUCGUCCGGGCCUCACUGAGAGUAUCACCCCCCACACAGAUGUCACCUUGGAGAGGUCGCACGCUGCUUCCUUCCUGGUUCUCCAUUGAGCCAGUAAGGACACCAUCGUCAGUGCAGCGGAAACAGAUUGGCACGUUGGUAUUGGAGAUGGCCCCGCCCCCCCACGUGCUUUGUACUCGACACGCCUCUGGCCACAUCUCUUACUGUACCCCCCACUGCCAUACGACCCGUCUGCUCUACGAGGCUUCCUGGGUUCUGUCAGCCGGUCUCCCCGUCUGGGUGUCACAGAUCUCCGGUGAAUCUGGGGGGUCAAUCAUGGGUCCUCUGAUCCCUGUCCACUGUUGAUCAUGUCGUCUGUCUGUGUGUCCACGGCGAAUCUCGUCCUGUACAGGGGCAAGCUCUCUCUGGAGGCGUGUCCAACCGAGUCUGAUGGGUGUCUCUGUGUCCAUCUGCGUUUGUGUCUUCAACUCAUCUCUGUUUGUGUGUACAUGCUAUCGUCACGUCUCCUGUCACCAUUGCCAGCGGUCCUGGGCCAUAAGGCCACCGGUCAGGGAGUCCUGUCCUCAUCCUGACCUCCCAAACUCUCAGGUCCAGAAGACCCCCUCUAGACCAGGUCCACAGCAUGGCCCCUGCUACCAGCCCAACACUUGGCCUCCAAAUUCGCCACUUAGCCACUCCCUUCUCUACAGCCAGGUCCCUUCCCCCAAGCCCAUCCCCAGGCUAGCUGUGGUUCCAUCAGUCCAGCGGUUGCCUAUUCCAUCCAGACAGAAGACCCACCGUCGGACAGACUUCUUUAGAGUUUGCCCAGUGGGCCAAGAAGGAACCAUAACAGCCUCCCUUCACCGGACACCCUCCUCUCCUCAUGACAGCAUCCUCACUGGCCUCACUGAGGUACAGCACACACCCACCCCACGUUUAACACACAUCUGCCCCUUGAUACACACACCACACACACCACACACAGUUAAACACACCAUUUACUCAGGAUACACACACCAACUGCCCCCCCAUGACACACAGACACUUCAUUCCCUAAAUCCUCCGCCAAAGCACACUCAUGCAACACCAGCCUCCUCCUGUCCACAGCCCAUCCUCCCCUCUCUCCUGUCCACAGCCCUCCUCCCCUCUCUCCUGUCCACAGCCCCUCCUCCCUCUCUCUCUGUCCACAGCCCAUCCUCCCCUCUCUCCUGUCCACAGCCCAUCCUCCUCUCUUCCUGUCCACAGCCAUUCCUCCCCUCUCUCCUGUCCACAGCCCAUCCUCCCUCUCUCCUGUCCACAGCCCAUCCUCCCCUCUCUCCUGUCCACAGCCCAUCCUCCCUCUCUCCUGUCCACAGCCCAUCCUCCCCUCUCUCCUGUCCACAGCCCAUCCUCCCCUCUCUCCUGUCCACAGCCCAUCCUCCCUCUCUCCUGUCCACAGCCCAUCCUCCCCUCUCUCCUGUCCACAGCCCAUCCUCCCCUCUCUCCUGUCCACAGCCCAUCCUCCCUCUCUCCUGUCCACAGCCCAUCCUCCCUCUCUCCUGUCCACAGCCCAUCCUCCCCUCUCUCCUGUCCACAGCCCAUUCUCCCCCUCUCUCCUGUCCACAGCCCAUCCUCCCCUCUCUCCUGUCCACAGCCCAUUCUCCCCCUCUCUCCUGUCCACAGCCCAUUCUCCCCUCUCUCCUGUCCACAGCCCAUCCUCCCCUCUCUCCUGGAACCUAUUUGUCUCUGCCUGGCUGUCUCUGUCAGAUGGAUGGAUGUUGUACGUACUGUACAUUUGAAGUCGGAAGUUUACGUACACUUAGGUUGGAGUCAUUAAAACUCAUUUUUCAACCAUUCCACAAAUGUCUUGUUAACAAACUAUAGUUUUGGCAAGUCGGUUAGGACAUCUACUUUGUGCAUGACACAAGUCAUUUUUCCAACAAUUGUUUACAGACAGAUUAUUUCACUUAUAAUUCACUGUAUCAGAAUUCCAGUGGGUCAGAAGUUUACAUACACUAAGUUGACUGCCUUUAAACAGCUUGGAAAAUUCCAGAAAAUGAUGUCAUAGUGUUGGAAGCUUCUGAUAGGCUAAUUGACAUCAUUUGAGGCAAUUGGAGGUGUACCUGUGGAUGUAUUUCAAGGCCUACCAUCAAACUCAGUGCCUCUGCUUGACAUCAUGGGAAAAUCAAAAGAAACCAGCCAAGACCUCAGAAAAAAAAUGGUAGACCUCCACAAGUCUUGUUCAUCCAUGGGAGCAAUUUCCAAACGCCUGACGGUACCACGUUCAUCUGUACAAACAAUAGUAUGCAAGUAUAAACACCAUGGGACCACGCAGCCAUCAUACCGUUCAGGAAGGAGACGCGUUCUGUCUCCUAGAGAUGAACGUACUUUGGUGCGAAAAGUGCAAAUCAAUCCCAGAACAACAGCAAAUGACCUUGUGAAGAUGCUGGAGGAAACAGGUACAAAAGUAUCUAUAUCCACAGUAAAACAAGUCCUAUAUCGACAUAACCUGAAAGGCCGCUCAGCAAGGAAGAAGCCACUGCUCCAAAGCCGCCAUAAAAAAGCCAGACUACGGUUUGCAACUGCACAUGGGGACAAAGAUCGUACUUUUUGGAGAAAUGUCCUCUGGUCUGAUAAAACAAUGACCAUCGUUAUGUUUGGAGGAAAAAGGGGGGUGCUUGCAAGCCGAAGAACACCAUCCCAACCGUGAAGCAUGGGCAUUCAUGCUGUGGGGGUGCUUUGCUGUAGGAGGGACUGGUGCACUUCACAAAAUAGAUGGCAUCAUGAGGAAGGAAAAUUAUGUGGAUAUAUUGAAGCAACAUCUCAAGACAUCAGUCUGGAAGUUAAGCUUGCUCGCAAAUAGGUCUUCCAAAUGGACAAUGAUCCCAAGCGUACUUCCAAAGUUGUGGCAAAAUGGCUUAAGGACAACAAAGUCAAGGUAGUGGCCAUCACAAAGCCCUGACAUCAAUCCUAUAGAACAUUUGUGGGCAAAACUGAAAAAGCUUGUGUGAGCAAGGAGGCCUACAAACCUGACUCAGUUACACCAGCUCUGUCAGGAGGAAUGGGCCAAAAUUCACCCAACUUAUUGUGGGAAGCUUGUGGAAAGCUACCCGAAACAUUUGACCCCAGGUAAACAAUUGAAAGGAAAUGCUACCAAAUACUAAUUGAGUGUAUGUAAACUUCUGACCCACUGGGAAUGUGAUGAAAGAAAUAAAAGCUGAAAGAAAUAAUUCUCUCUACUAUUAUUCUGACAUUUCACAUUCUUAAAAUAAAGUGGUGAUCCUAACUGACCUAAGACAGGGAAUUCUUACUAGGAUUAAAUGUCAGGAAUUGUGAAAAACUAAUUUUAAAUAUAUUUGGCUAAGGUGUAUGUAAACUUCCGACUUCAACUAUAUGUACAGCGCAAUUGGAAAGCAUUCAGACCCCUUGACUUUUUCCACAUUUUGUUACAUUACAGCCCUAUUCUAAAAUUGAUUAAAUUGUUUUUUUUUUCCCCCUCAUCAAUCUACACACAAUACCCCAUAAUGACAAAGCAAAAACAGGUUUUUAGAAAUGUUUGCAAAUGUAUUACAAAUAAAAAACGUAUUCAGACCCUUUACUCAGUAAUUUGUUGAAGCACCUUUGGCAGCAAUUACAGCCUUGAGUCAUCUUGGGUAUGACGCUACAAGCUUGGCACACCUGUAUUUGGGGAGUUUCUCAAAUUCUUCUCUGCAGAUCCUCUCAAGCUCUGUCAGGUUGGAUGGGGAGUGUCACUGCAUAGCUAUUUUCAGGUCUCUCCAGAGAUGUUCGAUUGGGUUCAAGUCCAGGCUCUGGCUGGGCAACUCAAGGACAUUCAGAGGCUUGUCCCGAAGCCACUCCUGCUUUGUCUUGGCUGUGUGCUUAGGGUCGUUGUCCUGUUGGAAGGUGAACCUUCGCCCCAGUCUAAGGUCCUGAGCGCUCUGGAGCAGGUUUUCAUCAAGGAUCUCUCUGUACUCAUCUUUCCCUCGAUCCUGACUAGUCUCCCAGUCCCUGCCGCUGAAAAACAUCCCCACAGCAUGAUGCUGCCACCACCAUGCUUCACCGUAGGGAUGGUGCCAGGUUUCCUCCAGACGUGACACUUGGCAUUCAGGCCAAAGAGUUCAAUCUUGGUUUCAUCAGACCAGAGAAUCUUGUUUCUCAUGGUCUGAGAGUCUUUUAGGUGCCUUUUGGCAAGCUCCAAGCGGGCUGUCAUGUGCCUUUUACUGAGGAGUGCCGUCCGUCUGGCCACUCUACCAUAAAGGCCUGAUUGGUGGAGUGCUGCAGAGAUGGUUGUCCUUCUGGAAGGUUCCCCCAUCUCCACAGAGGAACUCUGGAGCUCUAUCAGAGUGACCAUCGGGUUCUUGGUCACCUCCCUGACCAUGGCCCUUCUCCCCCGAUUGCUCAGUUUGGCCUGGCGGCCAGCUCUAGGAAGAGUCUUGGUGGUUCCAAACUUCUUCCAUUUAAGAAUGGUGGAGGCCACUGUGUUACUGGGGACCUUCAACGCUGCAGAAAUGUUUUGGGACCCUUCCCUAGAUCUGUGCUUCGACACAAUCCUGUCUCUGAGCUCUACGGACAAUUCCGUCGACCUCAUGGCUUGGUUUUUCUCUGACAUGCACUGUCAACUGUGGGACCUUAUAUAGACAGGUGUGUGCCUUUCCAAAUCAUGUCCAAUCAAUUGAAUUUACCACAGGUGGACUCCAAUCUAGUUGUAGAAACAUCUCAAGGAUGAUCAAUGGAAACAGGAUGCACCUGAGCUCAAUUUCGAGUCUCAUAGCAAAGGGUCUGAAUAUUUAUUUAAAUAAGGGUUUUGUGUUUUUUAUUCAAAUUACUAAAAACCUGUUUUCUCUUUGUCAUUAUGGGGUAUUGUGUGUAGAUUGAUGAGGCUGUAAUGAAUCAAAAUGUGGAAAAUGUCAAGGGGUCUGCUACAAGACCAUGGUGCUUGCCUACGGAGCUGUGAGGGGAACGGCACCUCAGUACCUUCAGGCUCUGAUCAGUCCCUACUCCCAAACGAGGGCAUUGCGUUCAUCCACCUCUGGCCUGCUGGCUCCCCUACCUCUGCUGAAGCACAGUUCCCGCUCAGCCCAGUCAAAACUGUUCGCUGCUCUGGCACCCCAAUGGUGGAACAAGCUCCCUCACGACGCCAGGACAGCGGAGUCACUCACCACCUUCCGGAGACAUUUGAAACCCCACCUCUUUAAGGAACACCUGGGAUAGGAUAAAGUAAUCCUUCUAAACCCCCCUUACCCCACAAAAAAAUAAUAAUUGUAAAGUGGUUAUCCCACUGGCUAUAAGGUGAAUGCACCAAUUUGUAAGUCGCUCUGGAUAAGAGCGUCUGCUAAAUGACGUAAAUGUAAAUGUAAUGUAAAUGUCUGAAUACAUUCCGAAUGCACUGUCACCGGAAGCUUCCUCUCUGAGAAGGGAAUCCCAUUAUGGACUCACCACAAGGCAGAUCAGCAGGUUACGACCCCAUAGCCUAUAUACAACUACUUACUGGGCCAACACCUUAUUCAGCAUUACUCUCUCUCUCUUUCCCUGUCUUCUCCUCUCUCUCUGUCUCUGUGGAAUCUCUAGAGGUUAGAUCUGUAGAGGAUCUGUCUCAUGCUGUCGCAUUGAGAGGCGAUGCAGGAGUUCCGAGCUCUAUAGUCGCGCUCUCUCUCUCUCCUACUAUAUCUCUCUCUUCUCUAUCGUCUCUCUCUUUCUCCAUCUUCUCCCCCCCCCUUUCCUCUCUCUCUCUUUCUCUAUCUCUCUCUUCUCUCUCUCUCUAUCUCUCUCCUCUAUCUACCCUCUUUCCGUUUCCUCUCCUCUCCGUUCAUUCUUUCUCUCCCUCUGUAUCCCAUUGGUAUUCCUUCACUGUUUCUACAGAUCAUGUGACCUCACUAGACCUGGUAUAAUGCGGUCAGACCACAGCAAUCCUAAUCGCUCCUACGACCUCUCUAGGCCUUUCAGAGACCAUAAUUGGUGGUUAAGAUGAGCUCCUGACUAAGGUUUAAUGGCCUACUCUCCACUCGACCACUUAAUGUAUAUAUAUAGAACCCCUAGAUAGGCUGUCAUAUAUAUACACUGUAUAGACAACAUCAGUGGAUUCGGCUAUUUCAGCACCCAGCCAUGCGGUCUCCAUAGACAAACAUUGGCAGUAGAAUGGCCUUUCUGAAGAGCUCAGUGACUUUCAACAUGACACCGUAAUUGGAUGCCACCUUUCCAACUGUAAAGUUUGGUGGAUGAGGAAUAAUGGUCUGGGGCUGUUUUUCAUGGUUCGGGCUAGGCCCCUUAGUUCCAGUGAAGGGAACUCUUAAUGCUACAGCAAUGACAUUCUAAACGAUUCCGCGCUUCCAACUUUGUGGCAACAAUGUAGGGAAGGCCCUUUCCUGUUUCAGCAUGACAAUGCCCCCGUGCACAAAGCGAGGUCCAUACAGAAAUGGUUUGACGAGAUCGGUGUGGAAGAACUUGACUGGCCUGCACAGAGCCCUGACCUCAACCCCAUCGGACACCUUUGGAUGAAUUGGAACGCCGACUGCGAGCCAGGCCUAAUGGCUCAACAUCAGUGCCCGACCUCACUAAUGCUCGUGGCUGAAUGAAAGCAAGUCCCCGCAGCAAUGUUCCAACAUCUAGUGGAAAGCCUUCCCAGAAGAGUGAAGGCUGAUAUAGCAGCAAAGGGGGGACCAACUCCAUAUUAAUGCCCAUGAUUUUGGAAUGAGAUGUUCGAACAGGUGUCCACAUACUGCUGGAGAUGUAGUGUAUAUUGUCUGUGACUCAACACUCUAAUGAAUAUUGUCUGUGACUCAACACUCUAAUGAAUAUUGUCUGUGACUCAACACUCUAAUGAAUAUUGUCUGUGACUCAACACUAAUGAAUAUUGUCUGUGACUCAACACUCUAUCCUCCAACCUCAUUCUCUAUAUCUUCCUCUGGCCCUUCCUCACUCUUUCUUUCUCUGUCUCUCUCUCUCUGUCUCUCUCUCUCUGUCUCUCUCUCUCUCUUUCAUCAUUCUCUCUCUCUCUUUCAUCAUUCUCUCUCUCUCUCUCUCUCACUCACUCUCUCUCUCUCUCUCUCUCUCUCUCACUCACUCACUCACUCACUCUCACUCACUCACUCUCUCUCUCUCUCGCUCUCUCUUUCUCUCUCAUACUAACUAGAGCAUGUAUGUGAUGGCUAAGUGGGUGCAUGUGGUCUGCUAGAUUAGCUAGAUUUAGUUAGAUUAUAGAACUUGUUUAACUAGUGCCCUGUGUCCAUAACCACUCUAAUCAUCCUUAACACAGACAGCUGCUUCCCGUGUCUCUGAGUGGUUUACAGUAUCUACGGUUCAGGUGUGGAUUAGUUAGCAUAACUGAGUCAGCACCACCAUCGGACCUGAACAACUUCCCCCUUAGAAAAGAGACAAGUGCUGGCUAUCAAUAUCCAUCGAACUAACCAUUGUUUGUGGGUGUGGCCUUAGUCAGUAGUGUGCGUUUGUCACACAACACACACACACACACACACACACACAGACGAGCAGUAAAGAGCGAUAAUCAUAAAGAGGCCAUUUCUUUUUGCAGUUAGUCAUAAAGCCUCUCUCACCGUCUCUCUCCCUCUCUCCUUCUAGCUCAAUGAUCUCUCUCUCUCUCUCUCUCUCUCUCUCUCUCUCUCUCUCAAUAGAUAAAAAAUACUUCCUACCUUUCUGUGGACGGUGACAACUCCUUAUUGGAAAAGCAGCAGGCUGAGUGAGUGUUCGAAAUGUGUUUCUGUGUGUCUCUCUCUGUGUGUGUGAGGUGUGUGUGUCUCUCUCUCUGUGUGUGUGAGGUUUGUGUGUCUCUCUCUGUCUCCUAGAGGAAAGCGACAGUGUGUCAGAGUCCUGAGCAGACAUCUUAUCCCCAUAAUCCUCUGUAAUAGGAUUCAGCACAGAGACAUUAGACUACACAGCGUCACAGCUACCUUACUGUAAUGUACUGUACACACACACACACACACACACACGCAACCUCACACACACACACAACCACACACACACACAUAUCUUUCAUUAUGUGUACAGGCAGUUUCUAAGUCAAAGAAGGCAGUUUCAGUGGCCUCUGAAUGUUGUGCUCUGUUCACGAACAUUCACCUAAAUGAACACUGAACAACAGCAUCACCUGCUGUUUGGUAAACCUUGGAACGAUAGCGUUAGGUACAUCACACCACUAUGCAACUACUGGGGAAUCACCACGAAGGUCUAUGAUUAGGGUUGCAAAAUUCCGGUAACUUUCCCAAAAAUCCUGUUUGGAAGUUGAUGGAUUUCCUGCUUAUUUUCUCGUAAUUCCAGGAAUCUUCUAACCAGGAUUUUUUGGAAAAACCGGGGGAAUUUUUUAGGAAAGUUUACAGGAAUUUUGCCAACCCGAAUCACCACACAAGUCUGCGGGCUAGUUGAAUCAGGUGCGUUAGUGGUGGGCAUGGACUAAAGUCAUCCUGAAUCAGGUGUGUUAGUGGUGGGCUAGAACUAAAGUCAUCCUGAAUCAGGUGUGUUAGUGGUGGGCUGGAACUAAAGUCAUCCUGAAUCAGGUGUGUUAGUGGUGGGCUAAAACUAAAGUCAUCCUGAAUCAGGUGCGUUAGUGGUGGGCUAGAACUAAAGUCAUCCUGAAUCAGGUGUGUUAGUGGUGGGCUGGAACUAAAGUCAUCCUGAAUUAGGUGUUAGUGGUGGGCUAGAACUAAAGUCAUCCUGAAUCAGGUGUGUUAGUGGUGGGCUAGAAACUAAAGUCAUCCUGAAUCAGGUGUGUUAGUGGUGGCUAGAACUAAAGUCAUCCUGAAUCAGGUGUGUUAGUGGUGGGCUAGAACUAAAGUCAUCCUGAAUCAGGUGUGUUAGUGGUGGGCUAGAACUAAAGUCAUCCUGAAUCAGGUGUGUUAGUGGUGGGCUAGAACUAAAGUCAUCCUGAAUCAGAUGUGUUAGUGGUGGGCUAGAACUAAAGUAAUCCUGAAUCAGGUGUGUUAGUGGUGGGCUAAAACUAAAGUCAUCCUGAAUCAGGUGUGUUAGUGGUGAGCUAGAACUAAAGUCAUCCUGAAUCAGGUGUGUUAGUGGUGAGCUAGAACUAAAGUCAUCCUGAAUCAGGUGUGUUAGUGGUGGGCUAAAACUAAAGUCAUCCUGAAUCAGGUGUGUUAGUGGUGAGCUAGAACUAAAGUCAUCCUGAAUCAGGUGUGUUAGUGGUGGGCUGGAACUAAAGUCAUCCUGAAUCAGGUGUGUUAGUGGUGGGCUAGAACUAAAGUCAUCCUGAAUCAGGUGUGUUAGUGGUGGGCUAAAACUAAAGUCAUCCUGGAAUCAGUGUGUUAGUGGUGAGAUAGAACUAAAGUCAAUCCUGAAUCAGGUGUGUGUCGUGGGUGAGCUAGAACUAAAGUCAUCCUGAAUCAGGUUGUGUAGUGGUGGGCUAGAACUAAAGUCAUCUGAAUCAGGUGUGUUAGUGGUGGGCCGGAACUAAAGUCAUCUGAAUCAGGUGUGUUAGUGGGUGGGGGCUGGAACUAAAGUCAUCUGAAUCAGGUGGUGUUAGUGGUGGGCUGGAACUAAAGUCAUCCUGAAUCAGGUGUGUUUAGUGGUGGGCUAGAACUAAAGUCAUCCUGAAUCAGUGUGUGUUUUAGUGGUGGGCUGGAACUAAAGUCAUCCUGAAUCAGGUUGUGUUCAGUGGUGGGCUUGGAACUAAAGUCAUCCUGAAUCAGGUUGUGUUAGUGGUGGGAUGGAACUAAAGUCAUCCUGAAUCAGGUGUGUGUUAGUGGUGGGCAUGGAACUAAAGUCAUCAUUGAAUCAGGGUGGUUAGUGGUGGGGCUGGAAAUAAAGUCAUCCUGAAUCAGGUGUGUUAGUGGUGGGCUGGAACUAAAGUAUCCUGAAUUAGGUUGUUAGUGGUGGGCUAGAAAAAGUCAUCCUGAAUCAGGUGUGUUAGUGGUGGGCUGGAACUAAAGUCAUCCUGAAUUAGGUGUUAGUGGUGGGCUAGAAAUAAGUCAUCCUGAAUCAGGUGUGUUAGUGGGCUACCAUGUCCAACCUGAUCCAUAUCUAUCAGGUAUUUACCAUGUCCAACCUGGGCCGGGUUUCAAUCAGAUCACGGGUUAUGGGCAUUUUAAAGGCAAUUUAUGAUGGAAUGGGAUCUCUGCGAACGCAGGAGCCGGGAUUGGCCCGGGAACAUUGAUUUUAUCUCAAUAUCAAAUCAUUUCUGAGUAACGACUUAGUACCUUACUGUAAUGUUUUUAGAAAUUAGCAAAAAACUAUUUCUCAAGCAAGGAUUUAGCUAGGACUGUGGAGUGGUCUAAGUAAGGGUCCUUAUUGGAGGGAUAUAGAAACUAGCUGUUAUUGGCAGAGAGGUUUGGAACUCUCUUUGUUAUUGAUCCAUUUGGCGGCAGGUAGCCUUGCGGGUAAGAGUGUUGGGCCAGUAACCGAAUGGUCGCUGGUUCGAAUCCCCGAGCCGGAAAAUGAGAAAAAUCUGCUGUUCUGCCCUUGAUUCAGGCAGCCCCCAGACAAUUACAUUGAUGGAAUUGAUGCAGACAAUUACAUUGAUGGAAGUCACAAUCUAUCUGCAAUAUUAAAGCUGAUCUACAACCUAAAAAAAAAUAUAUAUAAAUAUAUAUAUAUAUAUAUAUAUACAGUGGGGGAAAAAAGUAAUUAGUCAGCCACCAAUUGUGCAAGUUCUCCCACUUAAAAAGAUGAGAGGCCUGUAAUUUUCAUCAUAGGUACACGUCAACUAUGACAGACAAAUUGAGGAAAAAAAAUCCAGAAAAUCACAUUGUAGGAUUUUUUAUGAAUUUAUUUGCAAAUUAUGGUGGAAAAUAAGUAUUUGGUCACCUACAAAUAAGCAAGAUUUCUGGCUCUCACAGACCUGUAACUUCUUCUUUAAGAGGCUCCUCUGUCCUCCACUCGUUACCUCUAUUAAUGGCACCUGUUUGAACUUGUUAUCAGUAUAAAAGACACUUGUCCACAACCUCAAACAGUCACACUCCAAACUCCACUAUGGCCAAGACCAAAGAGCUGUCAAAGGACACCAGAAACACAAUUGUAGACCUGCACCAGGCUGGGAAGACUGAAUCUGCAAUAGGUAAGCAGCUUGGUUUGAAGAAAUCAACUGUGGGAGCAAUUAUUAGGAAAUGGAAGACAUACAAGACCACUGAUAAUCUCCCUCGAUCUGGGGCUCCACGCAAGAUCUCACCCCGUGGGGUCAAAAUGAUCACAAGAACGGUGAGCAAAAAUCCCAGAACCACACGGGGGGACCUAGUGAAUGACCUACAGAGAGCUGGGACUAAAGUAACAAAGCUUACCAUCAGUAACACACUACGCCGCCAGGGACUCAAAUCCUGCAGUGCCAGACAUGUCCCCCUGCUUAAGCCAGUACAUGUCCAGGCCCGUCUGAAGUUUGCUAGAGUGCAUUUGGAUGAUCCAGAAGAGGAUUGGGAGAAUGUCAUAUGGUCAGAUGAAACCAAAAUAGAACUUUUUGGUUAAAAAACUCAACUCGUCGUGUUUGGAGGACAAAGAAUGCUGAGUUGCAUCCAAAGAACACCAUACCUACUGUGAAGCAUGGGGGUGGUAACAUCAUGCUUUGGGGCUGUUUUUCUGCAAAGGGACCAGGACGACUGAUCCGUGUAAAGGAAAGAAUGAAUGGGGCCAUGUAUCGUGAGAUUUUGAGUGAAAACCUCCUUCCAUCAGCAAGGGCAUUGAAGAUGAAACGUGACUGGGUCUUUCAGCAUGACAAUGAUCCCAAACCACACCGCCCGGGCAACGAAGGAGUGGCUUCGUAAGAAGCAUUUCAAGGUCCUGGGAGUGGCCUAGCCAGUCUCCAGAUCUCAACCCCAUAGAAAAUCUUUGGAGGGAGUUGAAAGUCCGUGUUGCCCAGCGACAGCCCCCAAAACAUCACUGCUCUAGAGGAGAUCUGCAUGGAGGAAUGGGCCAAAAUACCAGCAACAGUGUGUGAAAACCUUGUGAAGACUUACAGAAAACGUUUGGACCUGUGUCAUUGCCAACAAAGGGUAUAUAACAAAGUAUUGAGAAACUUUUGUUAUUGACCAAAUACUUAUUUUCCACCAUAAUUUGCAAAUAAAUUCAUUAAAAAUCCUACAAUGUGAUUUUCUGGAUUUUUUUUCCUCAUUUUGUCUGUCAUAGUUGACGUGUACCCAUGAUGGAAAUUACAGGCCUCUCUCAUCUUUUUAAGUGGGAGAACUUGCACAAUUGGUGGCUGACUAAAUACUUUUUUCGCCCACUGUAUAUAUAUAUAUAAAAAACGUUUUAUUUUUUUCACAUUUUGUCUUAAUGGUAAACUCUGUCAAUAAACUGUUCCAUCUAAGAGGAGACGUUCAGAUGUACUUGUGCGUUUCCAUCAGAGGUCAUUCACUAAAUGCCUCCUCCAUGCACUCCACAACCACUCAGCUCUUUGUGUCCGCAGUGCGCGUGUGUGUUUUUGUUUGUUUGUCAAUCUGCAGGACCACAGCGAGGUCAGACGGUGCACUAAUGGACGUCCUCUUGUCCAUGUUUACAAUUAGAAGGAAGUUAGGCACUCUGAGACCUCGUCACCAAUGUGUGUGUGUGUGUGUGUGUGCGUGUGAAUUUAAUUUAAUGUGAAUGGCCAUUGACAGAGAGCAGGUCCCUGUUGAACUGCUGAAUCACUGAGUAGAGGUCAACAGAGGUUGUGACUCAUGACCCUCCUGACACCCGGACUAGCCAGUAAGCCACCCUCCUCCUCCUCCUCCCCACGUUUCUCCUCCUUCGCCAAUCUCUCCAUCUCAUCUCCUCUUCCCCCUUUACCCUUAUGCCCCUCUUCUACCAGCCACCCUCCUCCUUCCAUCUCCAGUGGCUCCAUCCUGUCUGUCACCCAGCCUCUUAAAGGUGUUAAUCCACAUAGGAAAGGGUGUUCAUGCUACUCAGCCAGCAGACAAAGAGCCACCAACUGCCAGAUGUCAGUCAGAGCCCUGGAACCAUUCAGACCAGAGUAAUUCCAUACCCUCACCUUCAGCAUGCAGACAACAAGCUUCCUCUUCUGACAGCAUGGCAGACUCUUGAUAAUACACUUGAUAAUUCACCUGUGUGUGUGUGUGUGUGUGUGUGUGUGUGUGUGUGUGUGUGUGUGCCCACCUGUCCACGCUAGUGACAUUCAAGUCCUAACUGGUGGACAAAAAUUGGACAUGGUUCUCUAAAUGGUUGUUAUGCAUUGGACACUCAUUAUAGUGGUGUGUGUUUGUCAAAUUGUCCUGCAACAUAAGGGAAGGGUUAAGGGCUGUGGAGGGGGUGGCCCGUGGCUCCGGGUGGUCUUGGGAACCUCCGUCACUCAGGUUCAGGUAUAAAAGAGCGGACAGAGACAGACACACACAGACACAUACAGACGGACGGACAACAGUGCUGAAGUGGACAACUCCUCGGAAGAGAAAAGUGAUAGACUGGUCGGAGGAGAGAGAGAGAGAGAGAGAGAGAGAGAGAAGAGAACAGAAGACUUUUGCAACAGGUUAGUGACAUCAGGUUUAUCAUCUUUUGAUUUGAGAAUGAUUAUAAACGAAAACGGAACACUGAAUUCUGAAGUUAAUAUUCCCAUUAAUCUAGUAAUUAUUCAUUUUUUUGAAAAAAGUAUAUAAUUAUUUAGUCAUUUAAAAUGAUUGCCAUUAAUUAACAUGAUUAUUUUACUAAAUGCUCAUUAUUUGACUAAAUCACAUGGGGUUCCAUGCUAUCCAUGGGGUUCCAUGCUAUCCAUUGGGGUUCCAUCUUAUUGUAAAUAAGACAAAUGUAUAUAUUCUUUACUUCCUUCCAUAAAAAGUGAGAUAAAUGGUGUUAGCUCAUACAGCCAAUCAGCCAGUCAAUCAGUCAGCCAGUCAGUCAGUCAGUCAGUCAGCCAGUCAAUCAGCCAGUCCGUCAGUCAGUCCUUCAGUCUGUCGGCCAGCCAGUCAGCCAGUCAGUCAAUCAGUCAGCAAGCCAGUCAGUCAGUCAGCCAUUCAGUCAGUCAGUCAAUCCGUCAGUCCUCCAGUCUGUCGGCCAGCCAGUCAGUCCAUCAGUCCUCCAGUCUGUCGGCCAGCCAGUCAGUCCAUCAGUCCGCCAGUCAGUCAGCCAGUCAGUCCGCCAGUCAGUUCGUCAGUCAGUCCUUCAGUCUCUCAGUCAGCAAGCCAGUCCGUCAGUCUGUCAGUCCGCCACUAAGCCAGUCAGUCAGUGCUUCAGUCUGCCAGUCAGCCAGCCAGUCAGUCAGUCCUUGAGUCUGUCAGUCAACCAGCCAGUCAGUCCACCAGUCAACCAGCCAGUCAGUCAGUCCUUGAGUCUGUCAGUCAACCAGCCAGUCAGUCCACCAGUCAACCAGCCAGUCAGUCCACCAGUCAACCAGCCAGUCAGUCCACCAGUCAACCAGCCAGUCAGUCAGUCCUUGAGUCUGUCAGUCAACCAGCCAGUCAGUCCACCAGUCAGUCAGUCAGUCCUUGAGUCUGUCAGUCAGCCAGCCAGUCAGUCCACCAGUCAACCAGCCAGUCAGUCAACCAGCCAGUCAGUCAACCAGCCAGUCAGUCAACCAGCCAGUCAGUCAGUCACCUGAGCCAUGAGCCUGUAGAGGGUAAAUACCAAGUGUCAUUGAGUCAUCAGUACUGAAGUCCAGAGAGGACCUAUGGAUAAAUAAAUCCAAUGAAUAUAAUUCCUCGUUAUGUUGAGAUCACAACUUAUUUAUCGCAUGAUCACUACAUAACAAAAGUUGUUUUACCGAGAUCAAGAGAUAAUCAAAAGUAUCAAGCAUCAUCCAUUAAUUUGUUCAGAUGCACGAUAACCACCUCAUCAAGGAGCCCUGUGGCUGCUUUGAUCGCGAUGCGGGGCAUUUAAGCCCUGAACGAUGCCUGACAAGCAGCCCUGUCUCCCAUCUAUUUGGCUAAGGUGUAUGUAAACUUCCGACUUCAACUCUAAGGGACUCUUCAUGUUUUGUGGAUAAUAUUUACAUUUACAGUGGCUGAGAUCCAUUCCUGACAGGCUGAUCAGAUUCAAUUUCAGCCUCAGAGGCUGAUAAGUCAGGAUGCUGCCUUGUAGGCUGUUUCAUGUGUAAGGUUCCUUGAAGACAGCCUACAAGGCAGUUAUCCUGACUUAUCAGCCUCUGAGGCUGCUAUUGAAUCUGAUCAGUCUGUCAGGAAUGGAGCUCACCCCUUGUAAGGGACAGGUCAAAAGUUACACAUUAGUUAUUAUGGUCUUAUUAUGGCCGUUUGUGACAAAUUACAAGCUGGCAGGAGAGCUCAGCAUUUCAACAACACAUCCACAACAACACAUCAAAAAAAAAAAAAAAAAAAAACAACACAUCAACAACACAUCAACAAAAACAACACAUCCCCAACAAAACAACACAUCAAACAACCAACAACACAUCAACAACAACACAUCAACAACACCAACAAACAAAACAACAACAACACAUCAACAAAAACACAUCAACAACACAUCAACAACAACACAUCAACAACAGCACUUCAACAACAUGUCUAUAAAUUUAGCAUUUAGGCUGUAUAAAAUUGUAAUUGCUUAGAACUAAUACAAUGAUACUUAAAAUGCCUUAUUAGGCUAUACAGUCAUUCUACAGUGCCUUUGAAUUCACCUUUUAGAAACACGAGUUUGGCCAGUCUUUGGUUUGAGGAUCAUGUGGUGAGUUAUGCAUGCCUAGCUUGUUAAUUUAACCUAGCAGACGCCCUAAUCACAGUCAACACAAAUCUAUUUUGUAACAACAAUAUCAUGGAAUAGAAUAGAAUAAAUCAGAAAAUGAUAGUUUCCCCAAAUGAAAACAAGUUACGAGUGUUGAUAUGUGGCUGCUGUGUUGAAGAAUGAAUGGCUUUUUCCUCGAAAUCCAUUGAUACUUCAGUUGUAAACUGGUUCUGUUGGUUCUGGUUCUGUUACGCUCAAAUAUAUAUAUAUAUACACACACUACCGUUCAAAAGUUUGGGGUCACUUAGAAAUGUCCUUGUUUUCCAUGAAAACAUACAUCAAAUGAGUUUGAAUAGGAAAUAUAGCAAAAUGAAUAGGAAAUGUAGUCAUUGACAAGGUUAGAUUUAAUGAUUUUUAAUUGAAAUAAUAAUUGUGUCCUUCAAACUUUGCUUUCGUCAAAGAAUCCUCCACUAACUGCAAGUCGCUCUGGAUAAGAGCGUCUGCUAAAUGACUAAAAUGUAAAUUUGCAGCAAUUACAGCCUUGCAGACCUUUGGCAUUCUAGUUGUCAAUUUGUUGAGGUAAUCUGAAGAGAUUUCACCCCAUGCUUCCUGAAGCACCUCCCACAAGUUGGAUUGGCUUGAUGGGCACUUCUUACGUACCAUACGGUCAAGCUGCUCCCACAACAGCUCAAUAGGGUUGAGAUCCGGUGACUGUGCUGGCCACUCCAUUAUAGACAGAAUACCAGCUGACUGCUUUUCCCUAAAUAGUUAUUGCAUAGUUUGGAGCUGUGCUUUGGGUCAUUGUCCUGUUGUAGGAGGAAAUUGGCUCCAAUCAAGCACCGUCCACAGGGUAUGGCAUGGCGUUGCAAAAUGGGAGUGAUAGCCUUCCUUCUUCAAGAUCCCUUUUACCCUGUACAAAUCUCCCACUUUACCACCACCAAAGCACCCCCAGACCAUCACAUUGCCUCCACCAUGCUUGACAGAUGGCAUCAAGCACUCCUCCAGCAUCUUUUCAUUUGGUCUGCGUCUCACAAAUGUUCUUCUUUGUGAUCCGAACACCUCAAACUUUCGAUUCGUCUGUCCAUAACACUUUUUUCCAAUCUUCCUCUGUCCAGUGUCUGUGUUCUUUUGCCCUAACAUAAUUGCAAAGGGUUUUCUAAUGAUCAAUUAGCCUUUUUAAAUGAUCAACUUGGAUUAGCAAACACAACGUGCCAUUGGAACACAGGACUGAUGGUUGCUGAUAAUGGGCCUCUGUACGCCUAUGUAGAUAUUCCAUAAUAAAUCUGCCGUUUCCAGCUACAAUAGCCAUUUACAACAUUAACAAUGUCUACACUGUAUUUCUGAUCAAUUUGAUGUUAUUUUAAUGGACAAAAAAAAUGCUUUUCUUCCUAAAACAAGGACAUUUCUAAGUGACCCCAAACUUUUGAACGGUAGUAUAUCUAUAUAUAUUAUAUAUAUAUUUACAUUUGAUAGACAACUUUUGCACUGUUCCAAACUUAACAAUAGCCUGUAUAGAAAUCAAAACAUAUUUGGUUCUGCAGCAUGCGCUCAUUUGUUGUCAUGCUCUGUUGUGGUAAUAAAAAAGAUUCUGCUUGUCUCCAGUCAUGUAAAAUCACGUAGAAUUGCAUGAAAGACCACAAAUAAGAUGAUAGAUUCAUGCAGUGCUUUUAUUAUAAUGUAUAUCUUUGUCAACCCUUGUGGCCCGGUGGUCUGCAAUCCACAACCUUCUGGCUACUUUGCAUGUAUGCUUAUAAACACAAAGAACAGUUUUCAAACGGCAUUCUAAGCUGUGGUCUUGUCCUGGGUGGGGUAAACGGUAGGCAGUCCUGCUAUCCACUUUAGGUUUUAAUUAUUCUUUUGGGUAUAGUGGAGGGUAAAAUAUAUAUUUUACUGAAGGGAGGGCCAGCCAUUUUAAUUUCAGAGAUAUCCGAUUUUCUCCAGGUAUACCUCAUUAAAUGUAAAUAUUAUCCAUAAAACAUGAGUGCCCCUUAUAGUUAUACACAUAUAAGUUAUGCACGCUAACAACCAGCAUAGAUAACAAGCUAGUUAUCAAGACUAUCUAGCUAACUAGCUACCACAAGACUAGCGAAGUUAGCUGCGUUGUUCCUUGCAUGCGAUUGGCUGUGGUCUUGGGGGGCAGCGCGCAGCCUGGGAGACAGGGCUGCCUGUCAGGCAUCGUUCAGGGCUUAAAUGCCCCGCAUCGCUAUCAACGCAGCCACAGGGCUCCUUGAUGAGGUGGUUAUCGUGCAUCUGAACAAAUUUAAUGGAUGAUGCUUGAUACUUUUGAUUAUCUCAUGAUCUCGACAAAACAACUUUUGCUAUGUCGUGAUCACAAGAAAAUUAUGUCUUGAUCUCGACAAAACAACUUUGUUGUCAUAUGUCCUCUCUGGACUUCCGUAUAAGGGACAUUUAGCUUGCUAACAUUCUAACUUAUAAACUGAUCAAAACACAAAUUAAAGCAUGACGUUAGCAUGAAAUGUACCAUCCCUUAGUGUAGCAAUCAAUAAAAACCUAUGCGCUGAUCCAUAAUGGGCUCUGCCACCUCUAGCCAUACUAUCAUUAAUAAACUCUAUAAAUAGGAGUGUAUGUAUCUCGUGAUCUCGACAAAACAGCUUUUGUUAUGUCAUGAUCAUGAGAUAAAUAAGUUGUGAUCUCGACAUGACGAAGCUAUUCUUUUUUAAAAUGCAUAUGUCCUCUAGGGACACAUUUUUGUCGAAGGUUAGCAUUUUUCGUCAUGAAUCUUGUUCUGAAGGCAGCUCUGCAGUGGUCACUAGCUGGCACAGCCACAAAGUCAUAAAAUCUGAUUUAACCCUAACCUUCACCCUAACCUUAACCACACUGCUAACCCUAAUGCUUAACCCUAACCUUAAAUUAAGACCAAAAAGCACAUUUUUGUUUUCAUGAAUCUUUACAAUGUAGCCAAUUUUGACUUUGCAGCUAGCCUAUCUUAGGGGAAAUCGCUCAGUUCUGACUCAUGAUAAUAAACAUCAACCUGCAUGUUUGUCACACUCAUCUACCGUUCUUUAAUUUAUGAUGACAUUCAUGAGUGGGUCAGUAUAAUGCUGCAUUCAAGACAUGUCGGAACUAGAAAACUGGGACAUUUCCGACAUGGAAACUCUUUGUAGAAAAAUUGAUAUCAGAGUUUCCCACUUGUAAAGUAUUAGAAUCAACCAAUAGAAAGCUCUACGCAAUUAAGUUAUUUACAUUUUAACUCAGAGGUUCUGAGUUUCCAACUUGUCAUGAAUGCAGUAUAACUGUGUUUUUCCUGUGUGCAGGGUGAAUAUGCUGUGUCCUGCGUGGUUAUUGGCUGUGGCUGUGGUGGGUGUGGUCGGCGGGGUUAAAGGUCAGUGCUGGGAGAACCCUCGCUGUCAAGACCUCAGCUCUGAGAACAACAUCCUGGUGAGUUAGAAACGUUGCAGAGAGCGCAAUGUUUUUGAAAAGUUAUAAGCUCAAGGCCGGGAUUUAAUCCGAUUGCAGGUUAUAGGGCAUAGUGGCUUUUAAAGGCAAUGUUCCAAUCAGAAAUAUUCACAUUGAAUCCCAGCUCCAGUAUGUAAAAGAGCGGUUACGAGAGUGUUACAGUAUUUUACUGUUAUCCACCUAACCCCCAUCUCCCUCCUCCUCUCUUAAAUGAAGAAAAACUCACUUCCAACUCUACUCCGGUCUUCCUCACUUCCCUACGUUUGCCCCCUUUUCCCCUCCUCUCGCCCCCCCCCACUCCCCCUCCCCAGUCUCCCCCCUCUCCCCCCCUCGGGUCUCCCCCUUUUGUGGCCCCCCUUUCCCUCUCCCGGCUCCCCUCCCCUCUCUCCCCAUCGGCCGGUCGCCCCCCUUUUCCCCUUCCCCACCCCCCUCCCCCUCCCCUCCUUUCCCGACCCCCCCUCCCUUUCCCCUCGUAUCACCUCCCCCCCCUCCCUUCCCCGCUCCUAUCCCUCUCCACCUCACUCUCUUCCCCCUCACUCUCCUCUCUCGUUCCACCCCCCCUCCCUCCAUCUCCUCCUCCCUCCUCUACCCCUCUCCCUCCUUCUAUCCCUCCCCUCCCUCUCUCGUAUCCCCCUCCCCUCUCUUCCCCCUCUCCUCUCUCUCUCCCCCUCCCCUCCCCUCCUCUUCCGUCUCUCCCUCCCCUAUCCUCGGUUCCCCCCCUCCUCCUCCGGUCGUCUCCCUCCCCUCUCCCUCCCCUCUCCUCUCCCUCUCCGCUCCUCCCCCCUCCCCUCUCCGGUCGUCCCCCUCCCCUCUCUUCCCCCUCCCCUCUCCCUCCUCCUAUCGUCCUCCUCCCAGGAGUGUAUCCAGCUCUGUCGUUCUGACCUCACUGCCGAAUCUCCCAUCUUCCCUGGCAAGGUACAUCUCCAACCCCCCCCCCCCGCCGACUCUGACUCUCCUUCCCCCUCCUUACCUCUGUCCCCCCUCUCCUCCUCCCCCCUGUCCCACUUGGAGCAGCAAAACAGCGUGUCCCCCCAGUCCAAGCGCUCCUACUCCAUGGAACACUUCCGCUGGGGGAAGCCUGUGGGCAAGAAGCGCCGCCCGGUGAAGGUUUACACCAACGGCGUGGAGGAGGAGUCCUCCGAGGGCUUCCCCAGCGAGAUGAGACGAGAGCUGGGCACCAAAGAGGCCAUGUACCCCUCCCUGGAGGCUGGGGCCGCGGAGGGGGGAGAGGGCCUGGGUGGCGAGGCAGAGGGCCUGGGUGGGGAGUUUAGUCUUCAGGAGAAGAAAGACGGCUCGUACAAGAUGAACCACUUCCGCUGGAGCGGACCGGCAACCAGUAAGCGCUAUGGAGGGUUCAUGAAGAGCUGGGACGAACGUAGCCAGAAACCACUGCUCACGCUGUUCAAAAACAUUAUCAUCAAAGACGGACAGCAGAAGAGAGAGCAGUGA